CACGCAGGCGCAUUAAAUCUACUAGCUACGCGGAUGUAGUGGCCUGUAUUUUGUCAACGGUUAGUAGAAAGAAAGUUGCGUUUUGUUUUCUUAUGUAGGGGGCGAAACAAUAAUAAUACUUAUGUUAAAGUAUCGGAAUGUUUUUUUUGUGAAGAUAUCAAACCAUAAAUGGGAAAAAGUCGGAGUCGUGGCAUGGCACUCGUUUGUUUUGCUACCCCGCUAGCAUCACUGACUAACGUUGCUACUUACUGUUUAUAAACUAUAUUUAUCUACGUGUGCACAGGAUACCAUUGAUUCAUACGACUCUACACUCAGACCUGCUGCGUGGUACGAUUUUGAAACUAAAUCUAUCUUGCUAAGGUAACGGAUAAACCGCGUCCAAGUAAUGUGAGUGCAGUGUUGUACAAACAGAAUGGACAGAGACUUGUUAAGGCAGUCUCUUUUGUAUCAUGGAGAGUCCUUGUUCAACACACUCAAAUGUGAGCAAACGGAAAACCCAGACUUCCAAGCUGUGCUACCUGACUUGUGCAAGGUCACGAGUGAAAGCAGGGGUGAAGAGCAGGGCAGCCCACUUGUGGAACAGUUUAUUGCCAGGAAGGCAGACAUCCUGUUCAGUCCGGCGUGGAAGACAGCCACUCUUCAGCGAGAGGAGCACGAUGAGGAGGAGGAAGAGGCUGCAGAGCCCUAUGCCAUCAUGCCACCACUGGAGAUAUUCAUGGAGGUGUCCUAUCAAGAGAGAAGAUCUGUAAUGUACAGGGAUUUGGAGAGAGGAGAUGUGGUGGUGGGGAGGAUCAACAACAUAAGAGAUUAUGGUUUCUUUCUCACUCUGCUGUGCAUGGCAGGAGGAUUGAAGAGAGACAUAGAAGACCUCGACUUGUCGGCUCUAUGUCACGUUAAAGAAAUACCUUCCACUGGCAGCCAUGAUGAUCCUCUGUCCUACUACCAGAUUGGGGACUUCAUCAGAGCUGGAGUGAAAGACAUUGACCGCUUCCAGGAGAAAAUCACAGUGUCCCUCCUCCAGUCCUGUCUUUCUCCAGGCCUGGACCACAUCAAACUGGGAGUCCUUACCAAGGAGGAGCUGCCCAUACAUUACAGCCGUGGCACCCGUGCAUCCAAUGACUCCAGUCAGACAUAUGAGCGGAUACUAAGGACCUGUCAUGGCUACCACAACCCCUGUGUAGUGGACUACCUGCUGGAGAAGGUGCAAAUUAGUGACAUCCAUCCACCGUCGAUGAUGAGAGGACUACAGAGUAAACUUUUCAAGGAGGAGGAUUUUGCUUCUUCAAUUAGGAAAAAACAAUCUGCAUCCUGGGCCUUAAAGUGCGUGCGUGCAGGUGUGGACCACUUCAAACACGGUCGACAUGUGGAAGCCAUGAAUGAAUACAACAAGGCUUUAGAAAUUGACACCAACAAUGUGGAAGCACUGGUGGCACGGGGAGCUCUGUAUGCUAACAAAGGCAGCCUCCUCAAAGCUAUAACCAACUUUGAACAGGCUCUAGAAAGCUGUUCAGAUCACCGCAACGCCAAGAAGUACCUCUGCCAGACACUGGUGGAGAGAGGAAAACAGCUUGAAGAGCAGGAGAAACUUGUGACAGCGGAGGGAUUGUACAGGAGAGCGUUGUCUCUUGAUGACUCAAAUCCUGAGGCACAAGAUGCCCUGCACAAGAUCAGAGACACUAUACAGAAAUCAAUUCGCCUCCGAGAAGAAGCGCUAGCUAAGGAGCAGACGAAGCCUAAGAGCGGCCAAACCAGCGCUGACAAAUUGCGUAAGAUCUUAAAAGAAGAUAAGAGGAUGAAGAAAAAACGGAAGAGGUCUACCUCCUCCUUGUCAUCAUCUUCCACGUCUUCCAGGAACUCCUCUGCUUCUUCAUCCUCCUCGUCCUCCCGCAGGAAAUCCAAAAAGAAGAAAAAGAAGCACCGGAGGUCCGAGCGUAGAAGUAAACGCCGGAGCAGGAUCUCCUCAAGGGACAGCAGGAGAAGUGAGGAGGGUAAGAAUGAGAAAGAUGGGAGGAGGGAGGAGGAGGAGGAGGUAGAGUGGUAUCCAGCGCCUCCCAACACCUCUGCUACCUUCCUCAACCAGAAGGGGGGCCCGGGGUUUAGGGUGGAUGAGGAGGAGGAGUUGGAAGCGAAGGAGUCUGAUGAAAGAAGGAUCUGUCAUUUGUAUUCUCUGUCAGCAGCCUCAGAUAACGAAGAUUCAGACUCGUCACGUAGAGAAAGAAAGAGAAGGUCAAAGACGAGGAAAAGUAGCCAGAGUAGAAGCCCAGGGAAAGAGAGUAGACACAGCAGGAGUAAAGAAAGGAGGGAUAAAAACAGGGAAAGAGGGAAGGAAGAGAGCAGGAGGAACAGCGACUCCAAAAGGAGAAGCAGCUUGGACGAGAACAGAAAGCGAAAAGUAUCUUGUUCGUCGGCCGACUCAGAGUUUUCCCGUAAAUCGAGUUUCCAGUCUGAAUAUUCAGGAAACGGCAGCUCUGCCUCCAAACACCUGGAGAAGAGGGAGAGACACGAGUCUUCAAAGAGGAACUCCUUUGACGGUGGUAGGUAUAAGACGGAAGACGCGGAUAGAGAGAAGGAAAGUAGUAAGAGGAGAGUGGAGGAAGAGGGCAGCAGGUCAGCUGGGAGAAUCCGCAAAACAUCGGAAAGUGCUGGAAAUGCUAACGGUCCAGGGGAAAGUGCCAAAAAAGAACUUCCUCCUCAUCUGCUCAAUAUUUUCGACCAGAUUGCCCAGUUUGAGAAGGAGAAAGGAGCCGGGCCCAAAAAAUAAAAUGAACAACAAACCCCACAGGUUUUGAAAAAGGGGACUUCCAAAUUGACGCCUAUACAUUUAAUUCAUUGUCCAAGUUUAAAACAAUUAAGUGAAAAAACCCGCUGUGCUGCUGCUGCUGCUGCUGCUGAUGCUGAUGAUGAUGAAUGAAUGAAAAGGUCUGAUCUAAGUUACCUUGAUUGUGAAUGUGAAAAUGAGUCCAGUAUUUGUUUGAAACGUCUUAAUUUGUUGUGGUGGAUUUAAGGCCUGUGGUCAGCUGUAGUGAGACUGCCAGAGAAUCUGAAGUCAGUGUUGUAAUAUUUUAGUUUGAAAAGAUAAAAAACUUCCUUAAUUAACUCUCUCAAAUGUGAUAACACAUCAUUAUCCUUUAAUGGUGGCUCUGAAUGUAAUUCACACAACUUGUAUCAAUGCCUUUGGUUGUUAAAUUGUAGACAAUAAUCGUGACAUCACCUGUGGUCAUUUCAAUCGUCUUUUUAUACAUUCAUGUGUUGCAGCAGUUGAUACAGGCUUUAAUAUCCGUGUCUUUGUUCAACUUGAGCUUUUUCCUGUUAAAGGUUAUAAAUAUGAUGUUCACCGUGUGCUUUGACAGCAACGGGUUGCCUUCACAAGUCUGUAGGGGUUGAAGGUCGAGUGAAAGCGUCUUUUAAGGGGAUAGUUGAGGUUUUUUUUUUAAAGUGGGGUCUAUGAGGCAUUGACACGUUAUCAACAGUGACCUCGGAGAGUGCACCGUGGUUUCUGUGGACAAUUCUGGGAGCUGGACACACAUCUGUCACUGAUAACACAGCUGGUAAAAAUUAUUUAAGCCACUUAAAUAAAACGCUAAUUUCUCAUCCAACCACACUUAAAACCUCAACUGUCCAGCUCAUGUACGAACGUUAUAAGAGUCUCUGCAGGGUGUGUUUAUGUUGUCCAACAUUUGUGUCAGAUUAACAUUGUGUGUCAUUGGUUUUACAGUGAUCUACAAAGAGUUCAUCAUCACAGGAUAUUGUAAAUGUACACCCAAAACAAAUGUGUGGACGCUGAAUGUUCACAUCUCAUAUUUAUAACCUUUAAGAAGAUACUGCCUUCUGCUCAUUUAUGCUUUCUGUCUCUGUGUGUGUGGUGUGUUCAAUAUCUGACUGUUAUUAGUGCCAAUACACCCUCCCCCCCCUCCCCCAUCUUUAAAUAGAUGUAGUACAAAUGUUCCCCUGUUGUCCCACACAUGAAAGGUUCUCAAUCAAUAAAACAUUUAAAGUGUCA